AUUCGCCCAGCACUUGCAACGCUGCGUCUGUCAGCCCCGCGAAGAGCCUACCGCCCCCUCUAUCAAUGCCUCCAUACCUCUGCGGCUCGACGAGCAACGCCAUUGUCGCAUCCCUCAGUGCCUGGUCCUCCGCCAGAGACACCCUCGGCAGAGCCUUCUGAUGCAUCAGCUCGGGUUGCGAGGAAGAGGAAGCAGGCGGACAUGAUGAAGCAGGCUCGCGAGAUGCGCGAGAUCUAUUCACCCUCCAACAAGCCCAAGAGCAUGCUCGCGAAGCGCUUCUGGAAGGACGUCCACGUCAAGGAAGGCGAAGGUGGCCUGCAGGUGUUCCUCGACCACAGACCUGUUCGCAUGUCCAACAAGCAGGUUCUCACCGUCCCCCCAUCCAAGCACCAGCUGGCUACGGCCAUUGCCCUCGAAUGGGACCUCCUUAUGAGCGCCCAGCAAGCGCUCAAGGCCGACUACAUUCCCAUGACCUCGCUCGCCGCACGCGCACUUGACAUCGAGGCAGCAGACGCCGCAGGGAGGACCAAUGUCAGGAACGAUAUCCUCAGAUACAUGAUGCGGGUUCUGGCUACCGACACGCUGCUUUGCUGGGCCCCAGAAAAAGUCUUGAACGAUUCUCUGCAGGAUGGAAAGACGCUCAGGGAGCUUCAGGAGGAGGUGGCCACACGCAUCAUUUCCUACCUCACGACACAUGUCUGGCCAGGCGUCGAGAUCGCGCCGACACUUGACCCAGACAGCAUCAUCCCCGUAGCGCAGUCAGAGACGACACAACAGGUGAUCCGCGGAUGGUGUGCUGGGCUUCCAGCCUUUGAGCUCGCUGGCCUCGAACGCGCAGUGCUUGCUUCCAAGAGUCUACUUGUCAGCGUUCGACUGAUUCACGAAUGGGCCGAAGCGUUUGCGCAAUCGCCAAAGGCAACUGACACGGCUCGGUUCGGCAUCGAGGAAGCGGCUGAGGCGGCGAGCUUGGAGGUUCGGUGGCAGACUACGCAGUGGGGAGAGGUCGAAGAUACGCACGAUGUCGAGAAGGAGGACCUGCGGAGACAGCUUGGAAGUGCCAUCCUGCUGGUUAGCGGUCAGUCUUCGUAGUGGAAACGAACGCGUAAGACGAUAAUGUAUAGAAUAUAAUAGAGAACGCUGAAGGCUCUCAGUAUAUUAUGUAAAGACUCUGUCUACAAAAUUCGUCGAAGCCACCCAGGCUAUACUAAGAGGUAAUGAACGAGACGAUCAUAGUGUGCUUGGGCGCAUACACUUGAACAGUAGCUACGCCGUUACAUUGAUUGUUUCAAAGCA